AUGGGCUCAGCAAUGCUCCAACACCUCCCCUCAGCAUGGCACGUCGACCAAGCCAUCCUCAGCGAAGAAACCCGCCUCGUAGUCCUCCGCUUCGGCUCCGACGCCGAACCAAGCUGUAUGGCCAUGGACGAGCAGCUCUUCCGCAUCGCCGACCUGGUCCGCAACUUCGCCACCAUAUAUCUCGUCGACAACAAGCAAGUCCCUGAUUUCAACUGCAUGUAUGAAAUCUACGAUCCUUGUACCGUCAUGUUCUUUUGGCGCAAUAAACACAUGCAGGUGGACUUUGGGACGGGGAAUAAUAAUAAGAUUAAUUUUGCAGUGGGGGAUAAGGCCGAGUUGGUGGAUAUUUUGGAGGUGGUGUAUAGGGGCGCGCGCAAGGGCAAGGGGUUGGUGGUCAGUCCCAAGGAUUAUUCGACCAAGUGGAUGUACUAG